CAAGGAUCUGUACAAGGACGUCACGAUGGAGGACCACCAGCCCCUCACAUCACCAGGAAGAUCCAGUAAGAGAAGAACACCAGAGAGAUGUCCCAGUCCUCUUCUUCCACAGGAUCAUCAGCUUUUGAAUCAGGAGGAAGAUCUGAAUAAUAUUAAUGCUACAGAAACAUAUGCGAUCGGUGAUGACCAGUGUAAGGAGGAACCUCCUACAGAAACAUGUGUGAGUGCUAAUGACCAGUGUAAGGAGGAACCUCCUACAGAAACAUGUGUGAGUGCUGAUGUCCAGUGUAAGGAGGAACUUCCUACGGAGACAUAUGUGGGAGGUGAUGACCAGUGUAAGGAGGAACUUCCUACGGAGACAUAUGUGAGGGGUGAUGCCCAGUGUAAGGAGGAACUUCCUGCGGAGACAUAUGUGGGAGGUGAUGACCAGUGUAAGGAGGAACUUCCUACGGAGACAUAUGUGGGAGGUGAUGACCAGUGUAAGGAGGAACUUCCUACGGAUACAUAUGUGGAAGGUGAUGACCAGUGUAAGGAGGAACUUCCUGCGGAGACAUAUGUGGGAGGUGAUGACCAGUGUAAGGAGGAACUUCCUACGGAGACAUAUGUGGGAGGUGAUGACCAGUGUAAGGAGGAACUUCCUACGGAUACAUAUGUGGAAGGUGAUGACCAGUGUAAGGAGGAACUUCCUACGGAUACAUAUGUGGAAGGUGAUGACCAGUGUAAGGAGGAACUUCCUACGGAUACAUAUGUGGAAGGUGAUGACCAGUGUAAGGAGGAACUUCCUACGGAUACAUAUGUGGAAGGUGAUGACCAGUGUAAGGAGGAAAUUACUAUGGACACAUAUGUGUGGGAUGAUGAACAGUAUAUGGAAGAAUCUCCUACAUAUAACCAGCCAGAUGACUGUUCCAGGAGCUCAGAGACACCUCUGGUAUCUUCAUAUUUUAAAGCAGAUGAAGGUGGUAUUACUCAAGACACAUAUGAAAAACAUGUCAUUGUCUCAGAUGUACCCUCAGCCCUUCACAGCAGAGAUCAAUCAUCUGAUCCUUUUAAACAUCUCCUAUCUUCUGAUUCAUCACAAGCUGUAAAUCAGAAUAAUAGUCACAAAAAGGAUGUUGUAGGUCAAAGAACGCACACAGGGAAGAAAACAUUUAUUUGCUCAGAAUGCGGGAAAUGUUGUUCUCUGAAAACAGAUCUUGAAAGACAUCAGAGAAUUCACACAGGAGAAAAGCCAUAUUCAUGUUCAGAGUGUGGAAAAAGUUAUACUCGGAAAUUACAUCUUGUUCAACACAUGGUGAGUCACAAAGGGGAGAAGCCAUUUUCUUGUCCAGAAUGUGGGAAACGUUUUCACCAGAAAAAAAGACUCGUUGAACAUCAGAGAAAUCACACAGGAGAGAAACCAUAUUCAUGCGCAGAAUGCGGGAAAUGUUUUAUUCAUAAAUUAAGUAUGGUCAAACAUCAAAGCCUUCACAGUGAAGAUAAGCCAUUUUCAUGUCCUGAAUGUGGAAAGUGUUUUAGUCUGAAGUCAUCUCUUAAUGCACAUCAAAGAAGUCACAGAGAAGAAAGAUUUUCGUGCCCAGAAUGUGGGAAAUGUUACAAAUCUAAAUCAUCUCUCGUUAUACAUCAAAAAAUUCACACAGGAGACCAACCAUUUUCAUGUUUAGAAUGUGGGAAACGAUAUGCGGUGAAAUCACUUCUUGCUCAACAUCUGAAGAGUCACGCAGAAGAGAAGCCAUAUUCAUGUUCAGAAUGUGGCAAAGGUUUUACUCAGAAAUCACAUCUUGUUGGACAUCUGAGAAUUCACACAGGGGAGAAGCCAUACUCAUGUCCAGAAUGUGGCAAGUGUUUUGCUCAGAAAGUGAACGUCAUCGUACAUCAAAACACUCACACAGGAGUGAAGCCAUAUUCAUGUUCAGAAUGUGGGAAAUGUUUUACUCAGAAAUCAAGUUUCCUUAAGCACCAGAGAAUGAACACACACAAAGAAAAACCUACAAUAAUUGGAGGCAAAAUACUGGUAUAUCCUACCACAAAAAGGAAAAGCAAAUAAUAGCAAUGGAUGAUGAUAAAACAUAUACAAUUAAGGUCUGUUAUCCAAAUAGCAAAUCAGUGUUUCAAAACUUAUUAGCAAUUAUUAAUAAAU